AUGGCGAGAAACCCAAUAGUCAGACUGGACAACAACACUAUCACUUUCGUAAACAAAGUAAAGUACCUUGGAGUAACUCUUGACCAUAAUCUUACUUUCUCAUCUUAUGUAAAAGAAGUUAGUGAAAAGGCUAUCAACAUGUUUAACUCGAUAGCAAGAACAAUCAGACUGAAAUAUGGAGUAAGGUUCUCCCAACUGAAGUUCCUCUACACCACAGUAUUUCUAUCCAUCCUCAGUUAUGGAUCAAGAGCUUGGGAAUUCAGGAUAGGACACACUCAUGUAAAACGAAAAAUCAGGGAGGCUCAAAGGCGGGUUCUCAUAUGCAUAACUACAGCCUACUGCACCACACCUCUUCAAGCUCUGUGUGCCGCUACUGGAAACAUGCCCAUAGAUAUAAAGUUGCAAAUGGACCUAGACCUUUGGAAAGUUAGAAAAGGCUUACUUCUUGACUCCAAGAAUGAUGUCAUAGGAAGACACCUGCGCCAGUGGCAAGAGGAGUGGGACAGAUCUGACACCGGAAGACCACACUUACUCUCUGCUUCCGGAGAUUGCUACCAGUGA